AUUACUAGAUCUCUCUCUUGACUGUAAUUCUAUUAUAGAGAGAGGAGGGGGAGGGGAGAUCGGCUGGCCGGUUGUUUCGCCUGAAUGCGAGCAAUCAACUUUUUCGGCCGAAGGCCUAUCAUUUUCCUGGACUCGAAUCGAAGCUUUUCUGCAGUAGGCUUCUGUACUGUGGUGAAAAGAACAAUAAUCAUCAGCAAUGGCGCCGCUGGCGCUGAAAAUCAGUGCCUCGGUUUGGUUCGAGCUCUAGGUCUUUCUCAUCAGCAAACAAUUUACCAUGUAACCAGGCCGACAGGAGGAAUCAAUAAAUGGCUUCGCUGGUUGCCAGUUUCGGUUCAUAGACGGUUAAAUGAUAUCACGAAUCUAACGUACAGUGACUUAAAGGCUCAAAUGGCUUUUGGCAGCAUGGUCUUGCCGAUUUCAGCUGCAAAAAAGGGUUAUUCAAGUUCUUUAGAAGCAGAUGCAAGAAUGACUUUUGAAACAAUUAGGGAUGGGCCAGUGCUAGUGGUAGCAUCUGGAAGGGAUACCAUAUCUGUUGCAAGUUCCUUAAAACGGUUAGCACCAGAAAGCGUUUUUCUUGUUCAGAUACAACACCCUAGGUCACGGAUGAACAGGUUUGAUCUAGUGAUCACUCCUCGUCAUGACUAUUAUGGUUUGACUGCUCAAGGACAGAAAGAAAUUGCUUGGUUUCUUAGGUGGUUGAUAACCCCUAGUAAACCUGAAAGACAUGUGGUUCUCACUAUUGGAGCUCUUCAUCGAUUUGAUUCCACUACACUUGCCGUUGCAUCUUCUGCUUGGCACGAUGAAUUGGCUUCUUUGUCGAAACCCUUGCUUGUAGUGAAUAUUGGAGGGCCCACAGGAAAUUGUGAAUAUGGGACUGAACUUGCAAAUGAAUUAGUGUCAUCAUUGAAGAAAGUUAUUUGGAGUUGUGGAAGCAUUAGAAUCUCAUUUUCCAGAAGAACUCCGAAAAAAGUGUCUGAUAUUGUGAUGCAAGAACUUGGUGAUAAUCUUAAAGUUCAAAUCUGGAAUGGGAAAGAUUCGAACCCGCACCUUGGAAAUCUUGCAUGGGCCGAUGCAUUCCUUAUUACAGCCGAUUCAAUUAGCAUGUUAAGCGAGGCUUGUAGCACCGGGAAACCCGUUUAUGUGAUUGGGUCUGAGCUAUGUAAAUGGAAGUUUUCGGAAUUCCAUAGAUCUCUGAAGGAACGAGGUGCAGUAAGAACUUUCACUGGAAGAGAAGAUAUUUCGAAUGUUUGGAGAUAUCCUCCAUUAAAUGAUACAGCAGAAGCAGCAAAUCGAGUAGUUGAAGCACUUGCAGAAAGAGGAUUGGUUUUGCAUCCAUGAAAAUUGAGAAUUAUUGGUUUA